AACCGCCACCGCGCUCCGUUGCAAGGCGCCACAGCGCAGGGCGCUGCUCGUGACGCAGCGAGCAUCGGUCGCGUCGAGAGGCGGAGGAGGGCGGAGCACUUGCGCAAACUUGAGAGGCUGGCCUUGGGUCGCCGCGUCUCGGGGACAUAAACUCUUCCGCGACCGAGCCGACCGCACCGAUCUCGUGGAAGGCCGGCGCGCCGCUAAGUUCUCUCGCGUACGCCGCAGUUGCGCGAACUUUACCGUUGCAGGGUUCAUCGCUCAGUCGCCGCCAUGGACAAGAGGCCUUCCGCAGGCUUGAUCGUUACCAUAUUCUGGCUAGCCGCGGCUCCGACGGCUGUCGUUUCGGCGCCCGACGCUGUCAGCCGUGCCACCAACGAACUGGGAAUGGUUCUCUACCGGAAAGUGGCCGAGACGGACCCUAAGGGCAGCAACAUCUUCCUCUCGCCAGUCAGCGUGGCCGCCAUUCUGGGCAUGGUCCAGCUCGGCUCCAGGGGCCGCACGCGGCAACAGAUCAACGUGGCACUUGCCGGAGGCGCCGACUCCAAUCGGCUGGCUCGCACGAGCAGCGGCGACAACGAUGACCUGGCUGCCGGAUUCGGCGAACUGUUCAAGGACCUUAACUCGGAGAAGGGAUACGAACUGAAUAUGGCCAGCGCAGUGUUCCUGGCCGCGGGCCUGCCCAUCUUCGAGCGCUACAAGCGCGACCUGGAGAAGCAUUUCGCCUCGGGCGUUUACUCGGCCAACUUCGCCGACAAUGCACAGGAAGCCGCCGACGACGUCAACGCGUGGGUGCGCGACAUGACCGAGAACCGCAUUCCCGAAAUAAUCGAAAGGCCCCUGCCACCAUCAGCGCCCAUGCUGGUACUGAACGCCGUGUAUUUCAAGGGCCUGUGGCAGCACCCGUUCAAGCCGGAGGACACCGUGACCGGCGAGUUCUACAACGAGGGCCGCUCUCGUGCUGUUCCCGUGCCGAUGAUGCGCCAGAAGGGCGAAUUCGUAUAUGCGCUGAGCGAGUCCCUGGACGCGCACAUCCUCGAGCUUCCGUACGUCGGCGACCGCGUUGAUCUGGUCCUAGUGCUCCCGAGGCGCCGGGACGGACUCGCCGAGCUGGAGCGUAAGUUCAGUCUAGAAGCGGCGCGUGAGCCUCUGGCCGCGGCGUUGCCGCGUAAAGUGGACAUGUGGCUCCCCAAGUUUCAGUUGCAACAGGCCUACAGUCUCAAGGGAGCGCUGCAGUCGCUCGGAGUGCGCGAUGUCUUCAGCUCGCGGGACGCCAACUUGACGGGCAUCUCGUUGAAGCGGCCGCUCGCCCUCGACGAUGUUUUACACAAGGCCCUGCUCGACGUCGACGAGAAAGGCACCGAAGCCGUGGCGGUGUCGUCGGGCAUCAUUCGCCACUCCAAGACGCCCGGAGGCGAGGUCGAGUUCAAGGCCGACCAUCCUUUCCUUUUCUUCAUCGAGGACGUGAGAACCCAGACGCUGCUUUUCUUGGGACGCCUUCAGCGUGUGUGAAAGACCCAGUGCGCCAACAAACAAUACAAUACCUGUGACUUUUACGCGUAUACGUGUCGAGCUUAACCAAUCUGCUAGCUCAUUCUAUGCUUAAGGCAAACCAGCUCGACGAAUCUUGAACUCCCGUGAUUUACAUCCUCGGCACUUGCCUGUAGUCGGCCGCUUUGUUUUUUUAACAUUCCACGCGAAGCUGAGCCGUGUUUACAACUACACGCGCGAUCGCAGGCGCCGGAUGUGCGCGGUGAAGGAAUUUUUACGAGCCGUGUGCCCUGUUAGUCAUAUCGAGUUGCGUACAUGCAUUCCGAGAUCCGAAACGCUGGCUGGCAGGAGCGCACUUGGGAACUUUCGCAUACGCCCCGCAUCCAUCGCGGCCGUCCUUGACGAGUUUGUAUUCAUCAGGCGUCGCCGUGACUUUGGCAAAGUACCAAGCAUACGUCCGAGGACCACAUCCAUGUGCGGAUGCCGCCGGCGAGCAGCGAGCCAGAAUCAAGUUCCUAUAGCCAAGCGGCCGACGAUACUACGAAAAAGCGCUGGAAAGCAGUGAUGAGAAACUGUAACUGCUAGUCUGCGUGCGCAUUUGUGCCGGGCCGCGAAGGCUGUUACUGUGAAUAAAAGUUGAUUUGAUGUGUUGUUUUCAAAA